AUGACAGAAGAAGAUUCUAACCAUGGAAGCCUGAGUUCAAAGGUGUUUCCUGUGCAAGACAGAGGACCGUGUGGAGAACUUGGCCAGAAUUUGUCAGAAUGUUUCCAGUUUCAUGCCAGAUGCCAAAAAUGUCAGGACUACCUGUGGGAAGACUGUCCUGAUGUACCCGAACUACACACAAAAGUAGAUGAGGCCCUCGCAUUGGUCAACAUCUCCCAUCAGCAGUAUGCCCAGGUUCUCCAGAUGACCCAGCAUCACCUAGAGGACACCACAUAUCUGAUGGAGAAGAUGAGAGAGGAAUUUGGCUGGGUGGCUGAACUGGCAAACCAGACUCCAGGAACUGAGAACGUCUCCAAUUCCAUAAAGGGGGAAAAAACUGAGACCUAGAAAGGUUAUGGAACGUUCCCAAACUUACUCAGCUGCUAA